GCAGCUGAUAACGCAUCGAAUACCAGACUAUCACCCAAAUACCAUCCUCAUACAAUGCCCGUAGCUGUAGACCAACCCGCAAGCACCAACUGGGCCGAUGACGAUGGCGUCGAGGAGCGCGUCGCCCUUCCCGCCCCCAGCGAGGUUACCAACCCGGACGGUACCAUCACCACUACCGAAUGGCGAUACAACGAGGAUGGAAAGAAGGUCAAGAUUACCCGAAAGAUCAAGAGGAGUACGCAAGUGAGGGAGGUCAGCCAUGCGGUUGCCGAGAGGAAGCACUGGGCCAAGUUCGGUGCCGAGAAGGGAAAGCCUGCUGGACCUGACAGGGCUACGACGACCGUUGCCGAGGACAUGCAGUUCAAGGUUAGCGCUGGUGGCCAAAAGGCCGAGCCGGAGCAAGACGAAAGCGCCAAGCUCAAGGCCCAGCUCGGAAGCAAGAAGAUCGCCUGUCGUAUCUGUAAGGGAGACCAUUUCACGUCGAAGUGUCCCAUCAAAGACACUCUCGAGGGCGCUGGUAUGGGCGACUUGUUGGCUGGUGGGGAACCUCCUCUGGAUGACGCGCCUACGCCGGCCGAGGCCAUGGCCAGCGCUGCCGGCGGAUCGAAAUACGUUCCUCCCUCGAUGCGAGCCGGUUCUUCUCGACCGGCUGGAGAAUCCAUGUUCAACCGGAACCGAGACGACCUGCCCACCCUCCGAAUCACCUCGCUCUCGACCGACGCCGACGAGGACGAUCUCCGAGACAUGUUUGGCAGGUACGGCAGGAUCGCCAGGGCCAACGUCGUUAGGGACAGGGAGACUGGCGAGAGCAAGGGUUUCGCGUUUGUCAGCUUCGAGAGCAGGGCGGAUGGGGAGAAGGCCAUGAAGGCGUUGGACGGACGAGGAUACGACAACCUCAUCUUGUCUGUCAGCUGGUCAUUGCCCCGAGAACCUCGUCAACAGUAGAGAAUUGGCGCUUAGGGCACUUAUAUUGGCUACUGAUUACUUGCGUUUGUCUGUGUCGAGGUUGGGGUUAGCGCCGUACGGCCUCUGUGUACAGUAGUAUAUGAAUGCAUUUCGGCCCGGAGUCAACAGCCAGAUCGAAUUCUGAGCAAAACCGGCCUAUUGGAUAGUGGCCUUCAUCGCAUCCAUGUGAGAAUCGCCGUUCGGUCUGGGCAAGAGAGGCAUCCGGGAAUGUCUGUCAUCUGAGUCACAGGGGAAUGUCUGCCUUCCGAAUUGUAUGCAGUCUGCAAGAAUCGGCAGGGUGCGAACUCUCCUAUGGGAGACGGGCAGUAGAAGAUGAAUCGACCGCAUUCACGUUAAUUGCCAUACAUAAACUCUCCCUACAAGGUAUAUUGAUAUACGGGAUACAUCAUAGCUCAGCCCUGACACCGCGGCCCGCGGUCAGUAUUAGCUAAG